CCAUCGAACGUCGAACGGGGUGGAUGUGUUUCCGCGUGGCGCGUCACUGCAAAUGUAACGGGACGAUCAUGAGUUUACGCGGCGCCGCGCUGUGAUCUCUCUUUCUCUCUCUCUCUCUCUUUCGCCGCCGUAACGGGGAAUUAUGUCGACUCGGAGAGAUGGGUAACUUGGCGACGUUAUUAGUGAAGUUCGGUGCCGCGUUCCUCCUCAUCUGUCUCGCGGAUUACAGCCUGGCUCAGGACGACGCGUCAGCCGGAGAAUGCAUCGAAUCCGAGACGGGAUGCAGGAGGUGCAGAGACGGAACGUGCGCCAGAUGUGCCGUGCUGUUGCAUCAGGGUACCUGCGUGCAUACCUGCCCACCGGGCUUUGUCGCCGACUGGUCCACCCGGGACGAGUACAUGGGUCGCAUCUGUCGGGAGACCGGCUACAUGUUCGGCCUCACCGGUAGCCAGGUCGCGAUUUUGGUCGGAGUGGUUUCCGGCGCGUCCAUCUGCAUCUUCAUCAUUCUCUGCGGCGCGAUAGUCGUGCACCGGCGUAAGAAGAAGGCGGCCAAAUUGGCCCAGCAGUUCGAAGACAGCGCGGAGAGGCGAGAGUUUCUGAAACACCUGGCGACGCUCCGUGGAGAAGCCAAUACUUUCCUUGCGAUGCUCAACGAUACUAGAAGACAAGUCAGAGAGUUGUAUUAUUCGGGAAGUAAUGGAGACGGUGCCGUCGGAAUCCAAGCAUACAGACCAGUGUUACGUGAUCUGGCGAGAAUAUUGGUCCUCGUAAACAGAAGAGAUGAUGAAAUACCACUUCCGCCCGACGAUUGGCAACGAUUAUUCUCGUGGGCAGAGCGGCUGCUGAGACGAUACAAAAGACACAGUUCUCCAGAAGUGGCUCAGCUCGUGACAUUCCUGCAGCAGCCGACCAACAACCCUGUCCAGGUAACCUCGCCGGUGCAACCGGUAGCGACGUCGCAACCACCACCUCAUCAACCCGUGUACGAGCCUAGAAGCACCCCUACUAAUCUCACUACAUUCCAAGCUAACGUGCCACUCGCGACUUUUCAAGCGAGCGAUAAAUCGAGCAUUAGUCCGGCGAGUUCGAGCCUCGGUUACACGAAAGACAGCAGUCCCCUCGGCUCGAGUCUGGGUCAGAACAGCGCUACCGGUGUUUACAACAGCGAGAAACUCAGCCCGAACGGCUCGACAAUUGGCCAAACGACGCCUCUCGUCUACGGCAGUAAUUCGAAGCGAGGAGGCUCAAGGACGAGCGACUCACACCUUCAAGAACUUCAGGUGAUUUCUGCGUUUAAUCGCAGUUACAAUGGCGCCGCGCUACCCUUAGAGACUGGCAUCCGUGCGCUGCACGAUGAGUGCGAAAUAAACGACGGCCUGGACCGUGACCUGAACCCGCAAUGGAAAUUUCAAAGCAGCCCCGUAGAAGCGGCCAACUACACCAUUCUGUCGGACUGGUCACCCGCUCGUGACUAUCUCAUUGAUGACUUCACGAUCCUCGGCUUCCGGCCGCAGGAUGAAAUCACUACGGAGUUGUAACGUUGACUGAUAGCGGUUACAUAUCCAAACACAAGACUUAUAAAGAAAAAGCUACGAAUGCCAGCGUGUCCCAAAUAUCAUUGUUUAGACAGUUGGUUUCGACUUUUCUAAAAUCAUCAACAAUCCUCUUUGACAAUCCUGUAACGUAUGAUAUUUCGUACUUGAUGAUAUUUGUCAAGAUCUUUUUUUUUGUGAAAAGCAUCUUUGAAAUGUA